CCAGAUGGCGCCUGGGGGGCCGCAGAAAAAUUCUGGAACAUUAUUUAUAUUUUUAUAUAAUCUGUAUAAUUUUACCUGUGUGUACAUUUGGACUAUGGUGUGCAUAAUUAUUAAUAAUAAAAAAAUUAUAUAAAUAAAUUUAAUUAUACACCGCUGAAACGUCACUAAACAGCGACGUGUUAGUACAGUUUAUACCAGCCUCAUGCUGAUAAACCUACGGUAAUGGACAAGUUUUUAGAUAAAAGAUGUAGUCUUCUUGCUGAGAAAGUUGAUACAGGAGAGCCUAGUGGGAAGAAAACGAAAUUGAGAAAAUUUGACAACUCGUACAUAAAAUAUGGCUUCAUGGAAUAUAGUGAUGGCAGACCACAGUGCACGUUGUGCUUGAAGAUUUUAUCGGCUGAAGCACUGAAACCAACUAAACUCAGCCGACAUCUCACAACAGUUCACCCGGAGCACGCAAAUAAAUGUGAGGAAUUUUUCCAGAGAAAGAAAGACGAAUAUGUAAAGCAAAAGGUACGACUGACUAACAUUACAACGAUUCCCGAGAAAGCACAACAAGCAUCUUACCUGGCGUCAUUGCGAAUUGCCAAAUGUAAAAAGCCGCACACGAUUGGGGAAGAUUUAAUACUUCCAGCAGCAGUGGAUAUGUGCAGAGUAAUGGUUGGGGAGGAGGCGGCAAACAAAAUUAAAUCCAUACCGCUGUCUAACGAUACAGUAAGCAGAAGGAUUAAGGACUUGUCUUUUGAUGUGAAAUCACAAUUGACUGAAAGAUUAAGAUCGCGUGAGUUCGCGCUUCAGCUUGAUGAAUGCACAGAUGUUAGCAGUGCAGCGCAGUUGUUAGUGUACGCGCGAUAUUCAUGGGAUGAACACAUUUUGGAAGAUAUUUUAUUCACAAAAGAACUUGAGGGGAGAGCUACAGGUGAGGACAUUUUUAAAUUGUUGGACACUUUCUUUACAGAAGAAAAUCUGAGCUGGGAAAACUGCGUGUCUGUUUGCACUGAUGGUGCGGCAGCAAUGACAGGACACAAGAAUGGGGUUGUCGCCCGAAUUCAAGCCGUAAAUCCAAAGAUCGUAGCAACUCACUGUAUGCUUCAUCGUGAAGCACUUGCAUCAAAAUCAAUGGCACCUGACUUGCACAGUGUGUUGGAGGCAGUAGUAACAGCUGUGAACUUUGUUAAGUCGAGACCACUGAAGUCACGUCUCUUCGCCAAACUAUGCACGGAGAUGGGGGCGGCUCAUGAUCGGCUACUGUUCCAUUCCGAGGUGCGAUGGCUGUCACGUGGGAAAGUUUUGGAGCGAGUGUUCGAACUGAGACAUGAGCUACAGGACUUUUUAAAACAACAUAAACCUGACCUGGCACUGUUAUUUUCUGACCAACAAUGGAUUGCAAAACUGGCCUACCUCGCUGACAUUUUUACCAACCUCAAUGGACUUAAUCUGUCUUUGCAGGGGUCUUAUUCCACAAUACUAGAGGCAAGUGACAAAAUUGUGGCAUUCAGGAGAAAAUUAGAUCUGUGGAUACGUAAACUACAAACAGGAAUCACUGACAUGUUUCCAAAUCUUUCUGAAUAUUUGGACACAAACAUUUUAAAGGUGGACUUUAUGCUAGACACAAUUACCACUCAUCUCACCUUACUAAAUGAGCAUUUUGGUCACUACUUUAAAGACAUUGACAUGGAGAAAUAUGACUGGGUUCGAGAUCCCUUUUCUUGUGAUGUGAUGGCCAGUGGCCUCAGUGGAAAGGCUGAGGAUGAGCUUCUAGAAUUAUCCAGUGAUCGCACUCUCAGAAUGAAAUUUAAUCAGCAGACCUUAUCAGAAUUUUGGCCCAUGGUUGAAAAAGAGUACAAGGAGGUUGCUCUUCAGGCCAUGAGACUAUUGUUGCCUUUCCCGACCACAUAUCUUUGUGAGGCAUCUUUCUCAGCCAUGAUGGCAAUAAAGACAAAAUACAGGGCACGGCUUAAUGUAGAAGAUGACUUGAGAGUGUGCCUGUCACCAAUAACACCCAGAAUUGAUAAGCUCUGCAAAGAAAAACAGUCUCACCCUUCCCAUUAAGACAGACUGUGUGCACUAUUUUUAUUAUUAAAUUAAUGUUCUAGCAUUGAAUGAUUUAUUUAAAAUGAUAUUUCAACCACCAAUAAGCUACUGACCUUUUACUAUAAUACUUAUAAAGCCUGUUUUACUACCUCAUCAAAAUGUUACAAAAAUCAAAUAUGUUGAAUGUUAAAUGUUCAGUGGUGUUCUAAUAUGCAAAAAGGGAAUUACUGUUAUGUAAACUGAUUAAUAUUUUUUUUACAAAAGAAGAAGAAUUUUAAUCCCAAAACUUUUUAAAACACUUUUGUAAAAUUUUAUAACACAGAAAUGGUCAUAACCAACAAAACUUGAAGUUCAAGCAAUGUAUAAUCUAUUAUCUUUGAGGUUUAAUUAAAAUUUUAAGGAUCUAGAAUGUUUGGUGUCAUUUAUUUUCUUUGGGGGGCCACAAAGUGAUGUAUCCUGCACGAGGGGGGCCUCACACUGAAAAAGUUUGAGA